CAAUGAAAUCCCGCUACGGGAGACGCUUCCUUGUGAGCCCGCCCACUCUGUUCUCCUGCCUGUGCAGGGUUUGUUGUUAUCAAGAUGGAGUUCUUGUUGGGGAAUCCGUUUAGCACUCCCGUCGGCCAGUGUAUUGAGAAGGCCACUGAUGGGUCCCUGCAGAAUGAGGACUGGACGCUCAACAUGGAGAUCUGUGACAUUAUUAACGAGACAGAGGAAGGGCCCAAAGAUGCCAUCCGUGCCAUCAAGAAGAGGCUGAAUGGCAAUCGAAACUUCCGGGAGGUGAUGCUGGCUCUGACUGUGCUAGAGACUUGUGUGAAGAACUGUGGCCACCGCUUCCACGUCUUCGUGGCCACCCGGGACUUCAUCGACGGCAUCCUGGUGAAGAUCAUUUCUCCGAAAAACAACCCUCCCACUAUAGUGCAGGAUAAAGUGUUGGCACUGAUCCAGGCUUGGGCAGAUGCAUUCAGAAGCAGUCCAGACCUGACUGGAGUCGUCCAAAUUUAUGAAGAGCUGAAGAGAAAAGGUGUCGAGUUCCCCAUGGCAGACCUGGACGCUCUUUCGCCAAUCCACACGCCACAGAGAGGAGUCCCAGAGAUUGACCCAGCCUCACAUAAGUACAAAGCUAGUCCCCAGCCCAAGCCAGCAUCCCAGCCACCUCAGACCUCUGCAGCUAAUGUCUUGCCUGCUCAAACUCAGUUGCCAAAUAUGACAGGACCCAUCACGCCAAACCCAGAACAGAUUGCCAGACUGAGGAGUGAGCUGGACAUUGUGCGCGGGAACUGCAAAGUGAUGUCAGAGAUGCUGACAGAGAUGGUGCCAGGGCAAGAGGAUGCCUCUGACCUUGAGCUUCUCCAGGAGCUGAACAGGACAUGUCGGGCCAUGCAGCAGAGGAUAGUGGAGCUCAUCUCUCGUGUCACUAAUGAAGAGGUCACAGAGGAACUUCUACAUGUCAAUGAUGACCUAAACAACAUCUUUCUUCGCUAUGAAAGGUAUGAGAGAUACAGAUUGGGCAGGAACGCACAGAACAACGGGGUGUUGAAUGAGGCUUCAGUGGAGGAUAAUCUGAUAGAUCUGGGUCCGGGCUCUCCGGCAGUCGUCACCCCACGAGCCAGCACCGCAGCCACUCCGACACCUCCCUCCAGCCUGACUGCUGCUGCUGCUUCUGCUGCUGCCACCGCUCCAUCACUCUCCACACAGCUUGCAGGACUGAAUUUGGAUUCAGAUUCAGUAAGCGGCACUCUGAGUGCACUCUCUGCUCACAAUCCUCGUGAUGACUUUGACAUGUUCGCCCAGACCAGAAGCAGCUCCCUUGCUGACCAGCGCAAAAACGUGAAAUAUGAAGACCCACAGGCUCUCGGCGGCCUGGCUUCUGCUCUGGACGUCCGACAACAAAACACUGCCGGGCUGAGUGUAAAGGGUGAUAACGCAGAGUUGGAGCCCAUAGACAGCUGGCUCAUUACCCAAGGAAUGAUUCCUGUAUCGCAGUCGUCUGUCAUGGAUGACAUUGAGGAGUGGCUCAGUGCUGAUGUGAAAGGUGACGAGGCUGAGGAGGGAGUGACGAGUGAAGAGUUUGACAAGUUCUUAGAAGAGCGAGCCAAAGCUGCAGACUCAGCAUUACCGUCACCCCCUAGAGGCGAGCCCUCCGCUCCCGCGAGCGCACCGAGCAGCAGCCGGAAGAAAGCCGAGCGGACUGAGGACAACCUGUUUGCAUUGUAGGUCGCACAUGAACUUUAAGAAAAGCUCCGUUCAUCCCCCUCAGCAUUCCUUUGGAUGCCUGCUGCCUUUCCAUGCUGCUCUCUGUCACACGUUUCUUGAUCCAUCAUGGGACUCUUGGUUCAUUUCCACCUCUCAAGCUGCUGGCUGGAGCUGGGCAGCUUCUGUGAUCCGGCUCAUCUUCCAGACUCAGCAUGCUUUUGUGUGUAACUUCAGGGGCAGCGGGAUGAUCCGUCUUAAACGAGCGAAUUUCUCCUCAGUGAAGUCAUGUUGUAGUUUAGAUAUGCCAAGUUUAUAACUUACUUCUGUUUAUUAACAGAAGCCAUGCGGAAUCUGGCGUGGAAAAGUGAUAUAAUAUCUCAGAAGUCCCAUGCAAGUUUACCUAGCAAUCUGAAAAUCUGCUGUUCCAUAAGAAUAAUUUUUUUAAUUCCUGUGGUCCAAUGCCAUUAUACCACUAAGGGGAAAAUUAUAUACUGAAGAGUGACAUAUUAAAGGAAAAACAGACAGUCUUAGGAUUUGGGAUGGCUGAGUUACCAGAACAGCUUCCUUGCAACUUGGCAGAGAUUUUAUAGUUUCUAUAUAAAGUCUUUAUAGCUGAACUGGCUGAAUGAACACCAUUCUUCCGAUCGGUUUUCCCUCAAAAUUGCAUUUCCGAUAAUGGUGGCUUCAUCACUCCAAUAUCUCCCGCAGGUUUUCAGUUCAGACUGUAAACACCAUAGCAUACGACUUACAUUAUUUUCAUACUCAACAAACCAUUCAGUGAGACUUUGUGCCCUGUGAGUGGGGGUGGUGUUAUUCUGAAAGGGACCACUCCCAUCAGGUGAUCAGUCAGAAAAACGUUGUAUUGAUUUGCAGUGACCCUUUCCUCUAAUAGCACUUUUCCACUUAGCAAAUCACCCAUAGUCCAUGCUGUUGCUUUUUCCACCAACACCGGAGAGCACCUAAAAUAGUGCUGACCACUGAUUGCUAAAACGGUCAAACAGCAGUCGGUGAUCAAUGUCCCUGACGGAAGUCUCAUCUCUAUUGGGACAUAGCUUCAGUACAUGGCUAAUAGUGACUGCCAAAAUGAUUUACUCUUUUCAUUAGUUCUUUCUCUGACAGAUUUUAUUGUUUCAGUUUGAUGUUUCCACUACUUCUUAGUGAUACCUCAAGAAUUAGAAGUUUAAAGGUGUAACCAGCAUAUAAUUUGCUUUUGGAAUUAAUCCAAUCCAUAUUGAUGCCACAGCAAGUCUGAAUUAAAAAAAAAAAAAUUCCUCCUGCCAGAAGUAGAUUUUAAGGCUGUUUUGAGUAUUUGUACAAAUUUGUAGACCUCUUGUUGGUGGAGGAGGAAUCCCAUGAAUGCCAUUGUACUCAUUAUUUAUUUAUGCAGUUAAACACACCUGAUAUUAUUCAGCCAUGAGAUACACACAUUUUGUGUGUGGGUGUGUGUAUGGUGGUUUUUUUUUUGUUUUGUUUUUUUAACGUUUGUCUAAUAAGGACACUCAUUUCUGUCUUUUUAUUAAAGUACUGGCACGCAUUGCUGUGUUUGUAGGCAGCCAUUAAUUAAAAGCUUGUUCCUCAGUUAGUUAGAGAUAAAAAUGUUGUGUACCUACACUAUAUUGGCAAAAGUUUUGGGACACCCCACCAAAUCAUUGCAUUCAGGGGUUGGGCUUGGUCCCUUAGUUCCAGUGAAAGGAACUCUUAAUGCUUCAUCAAACCAAGACAUUUUGGACAAUUUCAUGCUCAUAACAUUGUGGGAACAGUUUGGGGAUGACCCCUUCCUGUUCCAACAUGACUGCACACCAGUGCACAAAGCAAGGUCCAUAAAGACAUGGAUGAGCGAGUUUGUGGAGGAGUCCUGACCUUGACUCGAUAGAACACCUUUAGGAUGAAUUAGAGCGGAGACUGCGAGCCAGGCCUUCUCGUCCAACAUCAGAGCCUGACCUCACAGAUGCACUUCUAGAGGAAUGGUCAAAAAUUCCCAUAAACCUUGUGGAAAGCCUUCAAAGAAGAGUUGAAGCUGUUAUAGCUACAAAGAGCAGGUCAACUCCAUAUUACAUUCAUGUGCAUGUAAAGGCAGGUGUCCCAAAACCUUUAGUGUAAGUCAGAGAUGCAUAGUUUUAUUUACAUUUGCUAUUAUCUAUAUUUUAUGUAGUAUUACUGUUAUGCUAGCCCUUUGAUAUCCUACACAGAGACUACUCCUCGGAGUGUCAAUUUCUUUUAUCUCUGGUUAUUUGCAUUGUUUGGUGGAGAAGCGCUAUGAAGGGUCUAGCACUGCUAAAACAAUACCCCUAAUAUCAUAACAGGACUACCAAUUUUUUCCUUUAAUUUAUCAUGUUUUUGCAUGUAUUCAGUUAAAUCUGAGAUUUUGUUGUUUUUUUCCCUCUUUCACCUCUGUCUGAGUUUCUUAUUUGCUUUGAGUGUUAAGUGGAUGAAUGAAGUUGCAUCGUCGUAAUCAUGAAAACGGUGACCAAAGACAGUUUCCAAAAAAGGGAUCUCUUAGCUCUUGUUUCAGAGAGCUAUGAGCAUUUCCAAAUGGUUCCAAGAAUCAAAGUUCUAUAAAACACACUGCCUACUUAAUACUGUUUGGGGACAUUAAAUUAUCAUUAAAGUGAUUCGAAGAAAUAGUUCACAUGCACUUAUGAAGCAUUUGUGAACAAUAUUUGAUUUUCAGAAUCAUGUAUUUUUAUGUACAAGUUCAUAGCCAAUAAAAAAUAAAUAUAUAUAUAUAUAUAUAUAUAUAAAU